ACAGUUUUGGCAACAGCAGCUGGUCAGUUGAGGACCUUUGACGCUUCUGACAACAAAAAAAUUCAAAAAUUCUCUGGGCAUCCGGUGUCUGUGAGAAACAUGAUUUUUAGUAACAAUGGCAAAUAUGUUCUGUCAUCUGGAGUUGGGGAACGCUAUGUUGCCAUUUGGAAGUUGGGCAGUGGUAAAAGUCAGAGUUCAAGCUGUAUACUCUCUAUGGAACACCCAGCAAUCUUUGUGGACUGCAUGUGUUCAGGUACUAAUGCUACUGAAGGAGAAAUAGAUGUGUUGGCUAUCUCUGAGGUUGGUAUCUGCUAUUUCUGGUCUGGGAAUAACAUGGAUGACUUGCGCAAUAAGAAGCCUACUAAGAUUGCCUUGUCCGAGUCCUCCCUUUCAAGAACGAAUCAGGAUUUCAUGAUAUUUGCCGCAAAACUUCAAGGAAUAGAUGGACCUAAUUCGGCUCAUGUCCUUCUGGCAUAUGGAUCCGUGGUGAAACCAUCUUUCGAUAAGCUGCUGGUUUGUUAUGGUAAGGAUGUUAAUUUGGGUGUAUCUGAAGAUGGAGUUCUCUUACCUACAGUUCAACCCACCAUGCACCAGAAAGGUCAAUCUGCUAAAACAAAAGUAACUAUCACUGCUCUAGACCGUGCGAAUGCAGAAGAUGCCAUUCUUCCUCUUCCGAAGCUUCAUACACAAGAAAAGAAAAGGAAGCAUGGUGUAACAAAACCGAGUGGCGUCAAACUUGCGAUUGAUAGUGACCUUGGUACCACUUCAAGGUUGACCGAGAAAAGAGGUAAAUUAUCUCUUGCCAUGUCUUCUCUGUUAGAUGUGUAUAGUCCCUUUUCGGUAAUAUCCCCGUUGUAUAAGGGGUUUUCUGCACUUUGACACACAUGUAUAUGUAAUGGCCUUUGGCCCUCAGGAAAUGUGAGUUGCUCACUCAUCCAACAUGGUAUCAGUUGCCAGGUUCCUCUUCCUCUCCCGCACGCUGCA